CUCUGGGGUUUCCUUGCAAGACCUCAUACACUUCUUAUUACCACUUGCAUUUGAACUUUUGCCAUGCUCUUUCACUCCCCAUUUCCAAGCAUUCCCAUUCCAUCGGUUGAUCUCCCGACCUUCUUUUUUGAUACGAUCGCAAAGAGGACCGUGUUUGGACGAAAGCCCGAGAUUCCGUUCCUGAUCAGCGAGCAAAAGACCCUGUCGUUCGCCGAGUUCGAAAAGUUCACAUAUGCCUUUGCCUCAGGCUUGGCCAAUAACACUGGUCUGAAGCAUGGCGAUACUCUGCUGGUGGUGCUGCCAAACACCGUUUAUUACCCAGCAAUUACCUUGGCGGCUCAGAUGGCUGGUGGCGUCGUUUGUACAGCCAAUCCUCAGUACACUGCACGCGAACUUGCGCACCAGUUGAAGCUGAUAGAAGCCAGGGCUGUAAUCACUAUCGGUUCAAAAGUUACAGCUAUUAAAAAAGCAGUCAAGCUCGCCGAGUCGUCCAUUCCAGACAGCUUCAUUUUCACGCUUGACAGCGAAAAUUGCAUCUUUGAUGUACUCUCAGCGAAGCCCUUUCCCCGCAUCUAUUUACGCACGAAAGAGGAGGCAGGGAGCACAAUUGCGUUUAUCGUCUUCAGCUCCGGCACCAGCGGCAAUCCGAAGGGCGUCAUGCUCAGUCAUCGCAACGUCGUCGCCAACAUCCUGCAGAAUGGCGCAUUCGAUAAUACCGAUGUGAUGCGUGCAAAGCGGUUCACUGAGAUUGAGGAAACACCCCACGCGCUCGCUUUCCUCCCAUUCUUCCACAUCUACGGGUUGACAUGUGUUCUUCACUAUCAGCUCUGCUCGGGUUAUGCGCUUGUGGUCAUGGCACAGUUUGAGCUUGAAAAGUUCUGCCAGCUAGUGCAAAAGUACCGCGUUCGGGCUGCCCUCCUCGUGCCGCCCGUCACUCUUGGUCUGACCAAGAGCCCAGUUGCCAGGAAAUACGACCUGUCGAGCAUUGUUUUUGCCAUUAGUGGGGCAGCCCCGUUCUCCAGGGAACUGCAGCAGGAGGCGCAGAAGGUCCUGGGAUUUCCGGUUUGCCAGGGAUAUGGCCUAUCUGAAACAAGCCCAACGGUCGCCCGCGCUACCAUGUCCGAUGUAGUGUACGGAUCGGCCGGUAGGAUUCUAUGUAAUAUGUCGGCCAAGGUUAUCGACGAGAAUGGCAAAGAGCUUGGUCCUGGCGAGGUCGGCGAGCUAUGCUACUGUGGCCCCAACAUCAUGGUGGGCUAUCUGAAAAGCCCGGCUGCUACCGCAGAGUCAAUCGAUUCGGAUGGAUAUCUGCACACAGGCGACAUUGGGUACAUUGACAAGGAUGGCUACAACUAUAUUACUGACCGCAAGAAGGAGCUGAUCAAGUACAAGGGCUUCCAGAUCCCGCCCGCUGAACUCGAAGGUCUGCUCACCGAUCAUCCGGCAGUUCUGGACGCAGCAGUCAUUGGCAUCUAUGACGACGCCCAGGCUACAGAGGUUCCCAAAGGCUUUGUGGUUAUUCGACCUGGUGCCAACAAGCCUGGUAUUGUCGAUGAGAUUCACUCGUGGCUGUCUUCACGUGUUGUUAGUUACAAGCGACUGCGAGGUGGAAUUGAGAUCGUUGAUGCCAUUCCAAAAUCAACGACUGGAAAGAUCCUCCGCCGUAUUCUGAAGGAGCGCGAGUUGCAGAAGCGCAUGGCAAAGCUCUAG